AUGCGAGAGUCAUCGGACGAUGAGGGCACUUCACCAUCGGCGGUGGAGUUCCCGCCGAAGGACCUUCGGUGUCAGAGGAACGACGGCAAGAAAUGGCGGUGCCGCGACUGGAGGAUCCACGAUCAACCCUAUUGCCAGAAGCACUACCUCCAGCUGUUAAAAAAGAGCACAGUUUUGAAGCAAAAUUCUUCUGUUUCUGCGUCUAACCCUACUAGGGUUAUCAAAGAGCGUUCUGGGAAUCCCAAAGGCGAUGCCUUUCCUGUACAUAAAUCGGGUAAGUCGGGGUUAUCUGGAAGCACUAAGAAUAGGCGGGGUAGGGUCCGAGCAGAGGAUGACGAGGAAUCGUCCAAGGAGGAUGAGCAUCCGCUGAAAAAGCAGAGAACCCAGAAAAUAGAGAGGGAUAUCUCUGAGGAUAACAGUGAUAAAUAUGACAAGAAUGUGAAAUGUGACGAGGAGGGGAAGGAGAAUGAUGCGGCUUUUGAGGAAGAUGUUAGUUUGGCGAAAUUUUGGAAAACGAAGGGGGUAAGGACCAAAGCUAGGGCGAUGGACUCGAGUAUUAUGCUGAAAGAAGGGGCUAGUGGAAGUGAAGAUGAUGCGAAGGAUGGGAAGAACGAGAAUUUAGCAGGGAGAAGCAACAAAGAGUUGAAGAAGAGAUCAGAGUUUUCUGGGAAGAAAGAGGGGUCUCGGAAGGGGAAAGAUAAGGUAGAAGGUAAGGAUGGUGAUGCGUUGGGUCAGGAUGUUGACUACGCUUUUCGAGGAAUGGGUAAAAGUAGUUGUAAAAGCGAGUCUUCCCUGAAGAGCAAAAAUAAGAAGUUGCAGGUGAAGAAAAUGGAAGUGAAGGGAAGCGAAGAGGAUAAUUUUGGGGUUAGACAAGUGAAGAAAUCUAAGAAGAGUGUUGAGAUGGAGUUGGGUAUUCGGGAGAAGAAUAAGGGUCUGAAAGGAAAGCCAGAGUCGCUGGUGAUGAAAGCAGCUAAGAACAAAGAAAGUUAUUAUAAUGAUAACUUGGACGAUCAAUUGAGGGUUAAACAAGUGAAGAAACCCAAUAGAAAUGCGGAGACAGAGUCAAUAACUCAAGAAAAGAAAAGCAAGGGUCAGAAAACCCAAGCAAAGAAGAUGGUAGGGAUAAGCAAAGCUGAAAAAAUUGAUUCAUCUGGUAGCACAGAGGAUGAGACCUAUGGUUUAAGAAGAAGAAAAUCCCAAACAACAAUAGGACCAAAACUUGAUUCUAGGAGGAAGUAUUACAGUGGUGACCCAGACGAUCCAUGCAUGAUGUGUCAUCAAUGUAUGAAGAGUGAUAGGAAGGUUGUGCGGUGCCGGCAGUGCCGCCCUGACCGCCCUAGACGUUACUGUCUCCCUUGUAUCCAGAAAUGGUAUCCUGAACUAUCAGAGGAAGAUAUAGCGAAGGCAUGUCCAUGUUGUCGUCAAACUUGCAACUGCAAAGAUUGUUUACGUAAACAUGAUAUACCCGAGAGUGUGUAUUCCGGGGGUCUAGGAGAUAAGGAUGAAAAGACAUGGUACUUAAAGUAUCUCCUCCGUGCACUCUUCUCAUUUUUGGAUGAAUUUAAUCGUGAUCAGAUGGUAGAAAAAGACAUGGAAGCUAAGAUUCGUGGAUCAUUGUCAACAGAUAUAAAAAUAGAGAAAAUUGAGUGUUCUCGUGACGAGCGAAUGUACUGUGACAAUUGCAGUACCUCUAUUGCCGAUUUUCACAGAAGCUGUCCAAAUUGUUCGUACGAUCUCUGCCUGACUUGUUGUAGGGAGAUUCGAGAAGGCUGUUUGAAAGGAUGUGAUAAAGGGGUUGUAAUUCAGUAUACUAAUAGAGGGGCAAACUACUUUCAUGGAAUAGAAACUCGUACAACUUCGAAAAAGGAAACUUCUUCUAUAUCAUGCAUAGCGUCGCAUUCUAGGAGCGAGCAGAUGCCAGUACCUGAGUGGAAGGCAAAUGUAUCCGGUGAGAUUCCCUGCCCUCCAAAAGAGAAGGGUGGUUGUGGACAUGGCACUCUGGAGCUCAAGUGCAUUUUGGGUGAAAGCUGGGUUUCACAGUUAAAGAAGAAGGUUGAAAAUUUAGUUGUAACAUGUGGACUUGCUGAUGUAUCUCAAGUUCCCAAGCAAUGUCCUUGUGUCAAAAUCAAUGAGGGCAUUGCUGUCAAUGAUGAGAAACUGCGGAAAGCUGCUUCUAGAAGAAAUUCUGGUGACAAUUACUUGUUCUGUCCUUCGGCUAGUGACGUCCAUCUGGGGGAACUGGAGCACUUCCAGAAACACUGGAUCAUGGGAGAGCCAAUUAUUGUUAGUGAUGUUCUCAAACUUACAACUGGUCUGAGUUGGGAUCCAAUGGUAAUGUGGCGUGCAUUCCGUGAAAUUUCAAUUAAAAGAGGUUCCUCUGACUUGAUGGUGACCGCCGUAGAUUGCCUAGACUCCUGUGAGGUUGAUAUUAACAUCCACCAGUUUUUUACGGGAUAUGCUGAAGGUCGGAGAGACAGACGUUCCUGGCCAGAAAUGCUGAAAUUGAAAGAUUGGCCUCCGUCCACUUUAUUUGAGAAGCGAUUGCCACGGCAUGAUGCCGAGUUUAUCAGUGCAUUGCCUUAUAAAGAAUAUACACACCCCCAUUCUGGAAUUUUAAAUUUGGCGGCAAAAAUGAAAUUGGAGAAGAAAAUGCUGAAGCCAGAUCUGGGGCCCAAAACAUAUAUAGCAUAUGGAUUUGCUGAAGAGCUUGGACGUGGGGAUUCUGUGACGAAGCUUCAUUGUGAUAUGUCAGAUGCGGUGAAUAUAUUAAUGCACACUGCUGAUCCGACUCCUACAGCAGAUCAACUUACCAAAAUUGAGAAAUUGAAGAAAAAUCAUGCUGCCCAAGACUAUAAAGAACUUUUUGGUAUUGUUAGUACUGAUCAUAAAGAGGCUGGGGCAACUGUGUCAUCAUCCGAUGAAGGUUGUCUUGCUGCGGAUAAGGAUGGAAUUGAGCAUUCUCACCCUAUUCGUGACCAGAUUAGAAAUGUUGAUACUAUGCUAAAUAACGUUGACAACAUAGUGGAAGAUACUGACCAGUUGCCUAUAAAGAAUGAGAAUAAUAACCUUCCUCAAUACAUCUCUAAGGAAUCAAAUGCAGCUUCUGGAUUGCUAUUGGACAAUCAAAAUGACAUUGAUUUAACAAUGGGAACCCGAAACAGCAUACAGGGUAAUAGAUAUGGUACAGGGAGUACAUCAAGUGAUGAACUGUGUAUCAAGUCAAAAGGUUUGUCAACACAAAGUGCAACUACUUCGAAAAAUCAACAAAUAAAAAAUUUGGAGGAAAUUGACAGCGGGGUAGGAGAAAUUGAUUUUCCUUCUGACCUGCAUUUCUCAAAGGAGGAGGGUCAGUUUUCUGCUGGCAAAAGUACCUGUUUUAAGUUCUCAUCAACUGUACCAGACAUGGAUGAGGGAGGUGCAGUUUGGGACAUAUUCCGGCGGCAAGAUGUCCCGAAGCUUGAGCAAUAUUUAAAAAAACACCAUAAAGAAUUCAGGCAUAUAUAUUGUUGUCCGGUAGAGCAGGUUGUACACCCGAUCCAUGAUCAGAGCUUCUACUUGACCUCGUAUCAUAAAGCGAAGCUUAAGGAGGAAUAUGGAGUUGAACCUUGGACUUUUGUGCAAAAACUUGGAGAGGCUAUCUUCAUACCGGCUGGAUGUCCUCAUCAAGUUAGAAAUCUUAAGUCUUGCAUAAAAGUUGCUCUCGACUUUGUUUCACCUGAAAAUCUCAGUGAGUGUGUUCGAUUGACUAAGGAAUUUCGUGUUCUUCCUCAGAACCACAGGGCUAAGGAGGACAAGUUAGAGGUAAAGAAGAUGGCUCUACAUGCGUUAUAUGAUGCUGUUAGUGAGCUUGAGCAUCUCAUGUCGUGUGAAGAACAAGAACCCGAAUUACCAGUGUGCGGAACUAUGUCACAUCCAAACCCCAGUCUACCAAUCCAAGACGACCUGUUAUCUGCAUCACCGUGUCAAUCAUCAGGCGAGUGUCCAACCUCCACUACAUCACCUCACUGUCGGGAUUCUCUACAAUUGUCAAAAGAUGUGCCUGAGGAACCUACUAUUGAUCCAGGAGCUUGUGGGAAUUCGAAUAACAUUUAA